UUGGGUGUACACGAAGAACCGGAGCGGUCGAUAAUUGAACCCUGACCGAACUCCGUGUCCAGUGCGAUUCCUUGUAAACAAAAUUAGAGAAGACCUAACCAGAUCGUAGUCAGUGUUACGUCUCGACCCAAACUACGAACAUCGCCAUGCAUUUUUUAGUUCUUUUCUCUGCGUUUAUCGCAGCAGCAACGACAGCCCCCGUGAUCCAAAAUUCCGGAAUAACGUCGCAAUUAAUGGGCCGCACAACUCCGAUAUUUGCUGGGUCAAGCGUGAACAUGUACAGCCCGUUUUACUACCUAACCACCAAACUGAAACUUUUGCCAAAAGACAUUAUCAUUUGCAUCAUUAAUCCUACAAAGUGUGAUCCUCCUCUAUCUGCUCCUACUGGUUACAUUGCUCCGCUCCCUGAGGCUAAAGUUCCGUACAGUGAAACUUCCGUUGGUGAUGACAUGCCGCAUGUUGACGUUUUUGAUACGGCCGUUGCUUCCCAGCAGACGGAUGAAAGCGAUCAUUUUCCCCGGGACAAGCCAAUACAACAGAGUUCGACUUCUGACGAGUCAACUAACCACCACACGAUUUACAAACAUCAAUCGAUCCAGAUAAGUUCGGAGAAUUUCACAGCUCAACGUUCAAACAUGCAGAUUCCCGUUACCGAACCGGGUUCACAGGACAAGACCAAAGUCCAUUUCGACAUGCUCGCGCAUACAGCGAACUAAGUUUGCUUUCACAUUUGCUAGCGCCACAAAAUUCGAUUAUUGCGUAUGAUACGUCAUCAUUUUGAAUAAAACCUUGUUUUUUAAAUA